AUGUUCUUUCUAAGGAAAGGCAAAGAGCGGGUUCAUACAGCUGGUAGUCACGGACACAAGCCACCUGUUCCUUCGAAGCGUUCUCAUUUCACUACGAGCGAUAGCGAAUCAGAUUUGAAUAUUGUAGAACGGAGAGAUGUUCUUAUUGAGGCAGCAGAUUCUAUUUACGAUAUUCCGAAAUCUAAGCUUUUCAUCGAGGAUGUUGGUGCUUCGGAGGCACAUAUCGCAAAAGACGAAGUACUGGGGCCAUCAGUGAAAGGGUUUGAUUCACCUAAGGACUUCAAUAUUCAGGGCCUUACCCUACCUGCGUUAGCUGCUGUACAAGUUAAAAUCCGUACAUUGGUGCUGCACAAAUGUGUUACGGGUGAUUUUGGGUUCUCAAUACGUCGUGUACAAUUUUCAUCUAACAAGCUAGGUGGAGUCCGAACAGUGGUGUUUGCAGAGCCUUCGGAGGUGUGGGCAGGUCCACCGCGUCCCGACGACUUAAAGAACCGACUUUUGCCUGGUGACCAGUUAAUUAAGAUUGAUGGCCGAAAUGUGGAUACGAUGUCCCGUGAGGAACUCCAGAAUGCUGUUCGUAGCGCUGGUGACGAGAUAGUUCUUGAAGUGAAGUCAAUGCCUGAACUCGCUGAAUUUUGUGAUAGAAAGAGUCGACAAAGUGGUGUACGGGAUGAGGGGGACCAACUAAUGCUCGGUCACAUAAACACAACACUAUAUGAGGACAUUCCUGAGGACCAGCGUUAUUGGCUUAUCCAUAAAGGUGGUUACACAAUGGUGAGAUUAGUUGAAUAUCUUUCGGAUGGGCGAGCUUUGGUGAGGAUUGGUGCACGAGAAAUGACUGUCGACUCAACUGAUAUUGACCGAAUGAAUCCAGCACACUUGGAUCGCAUCGGUGAUUUCGCUUCCCUUCGCUACCUCAAUGAGACUAGUGCAGUCCAUCUAUUGCGCCAGAGAUUUGGUUCUAACUUGCUGUACACUAAUGCUGGUCUAUCAAGUAUCGUGUGCUUAGCAUCACUUGAGGAGGAUAUUGUUGGAGAAGACAGACUUGUUUCAUUGUUUAAGGGUUGUCGACGCGGGCAAAUGCCCGCCCAUAUUUGUGCUACUGCACAGCAGAUAUAUAGGAACCUUCAAAUGACUGGUCAGGACCACUGUAUUGCGCUAACAGGGGUUAGUGGUAGUGGGAAGACGACACAACUUCGCAAACUAGUACGCUAUUUUGCUGAGGUGGCCGGUUGGACGCACACUUUGCCUUAUGACAAAUUGGCUCUGGCUAUGGGCGUUGUUGAAGCGUUUGGUCAUGCCUCAUCUGCCCUCCAUCGAGAUUCGACUCGUUUUUUGUAUCUUUUUUCACUUGGCUUUGAUAAGGCUGCUGCGUUAAGGACUGGCCGAUUUCAAGUAUCACUUUUGGAAGCCGAGCGUUUAGGAAGAGUAUGUGGCGUAGAAGCAGCAUUCCAUGUGUUUUACUAUCUAUGGGAAGGUGCGGAUGGUGAGCUUCGAGAACGACUUCGGCUAGAUUCGAUAGAGCAACCAUUUAUUAUACCAUAUUCCAAGAAGGAGGAUAAACAAAGUGCAAAAGAGGCUUGGGAGCGACUUCAACACGCCUUUUUCGAGUUGGGUCUUACACAGAGCCAGUUUGACGCGGUAAACUCAGUUCUCGCAGCAAUUCUUCACCUUCAAGCCGCUGGAUGCACUCCAGGAAAUGCUCAACGAGCACACUUUCUCCGUGUUACUCAUGCUCAACAAGCUGCAGCUUUGCUCGGGGUGUCUACCGAUGAGCUAGGGGACGCAUUGUUUCGUGGUAAAACAAGUGGAAAUAAAAGUGCUCUUAAAGUAGCAAAUGCUAGUCGUAUGGCUCUCACGUCACGACGCUCUGAAUCCUCAGAAGUCCUUCUUUCAUUUUGUGCUGGUCUCUAUCAGGAACUUUUCUACACAGUCGUUGAGCUAAUCAAUAAAGCUAUGUUUUCCAAUUCGGCCUUCUCUUGGAUUUCGGUGUUGGAUUACCCUGGUUCGACCUUCCAUAUAAACUGGACCGAAGGAAAAGCUCACAGAGCUCUUGGACUCAGUGAUCUUGUUUACAACUAUAUUAACGAAUGCGUUACUGAGCUUUUCUACAAUACCUGUUUUGUAGACGCACAAGAGUUGGCUUGCACCGACAUUGACAAGCGUUCCGAGGAGAAACGUGGGUUGUUUGCAAUUUUGGAAGAAGAAUCAUUGUUCCCGGGUGCGACCGACGAGAGUCUUCUUGAACGUUUCUUCAUUCAUCUGGGAGAUGAUUCCAGGUAUACAGAGCUUCAGUUCUGUUUCCGAUUGUAA